UGUGAGUGUGUGUAUAUAUAUUUCUGUAAGCACAACGUUGUACAUACACACAAGAAGAAGAAAAAGAGAGAAAAUGGAGAAUCCUCAGGGUCAGAGUAGAAACAAGAAAAAGAGGCUAACACAAGAUCAAGUUAGACAACUGGAGAAAUGCUUUACGUUGAACAAUAAGCUCGAUCCAGAUCUCAAGCUUCAACUUUCCAACACGUUAGGUCUACCUCAGAGACAAGUCGCAGUCUGGUUCCAGAACAAGCGAGCCAGGUCCAAGACUCAGUCUCUCGAGCUCCAAUACUGCAAUCUCCAGUCCAAGCUUGAAGCAGUUCUCUCCGAUAAGGCAAAGUUAGAACACAAAGUGCAGUUUCUGCAAGAUGAGCUGAAGAGGUCUAGAAAUCAGCUUGCUCUGUUCACGCAUCAAGAUUCUCCUGUGGAUGAUUCUAAUCUUGGUUCUUGUGAAGAAGGUCAUGAUAAUCAAGUGGUGGUCUUUGACGAGCUUUAUGAUUGUUUCGUUACCAGUGGACAUGGAUCUUCAUCAACCUCAUGGGUCUGACUCUGUUUCAACACAUACAAGAUUCCAAUAUUCAGUAUUAUCUCUAUU